CACCUCGACACGUUACAACGCGUUGCACGCGUGCUGGCACCCGCCACGGCGCACUGAUUGAUUUGCGCCUUGAUGCCUUGAAUCCGGAGGAUUCUCAUUGAGUGACGGCAAUCGCCUGCCCUAUUGAGCUCCCAGCGCCCUAGUCACGAUGGCCGACUUCAACGAACAAAAGACCCCUCUGACCCUCGCCAACGUCCAGGCAUGGGCCCGCUAUGAGUUUCCAGAGGCCUUUAAGGCAUUGCCACGAGCCUCUAGGGUCUCAUACAUUGAAAUUGACGACACAUCCUUCAAUCGCGUGAUCCAGAGGUCACUCGGUCGCUCGACGCACAAGAAGCUGCUUGUGAUCGGUGACUACGCUCCAGGCGACGAUGUUGAGGACUCCAAAGUCGUCGCACACGUUCAUGAACACGAUACAGAGAUCACGUUCUACCGCCUGAGUGAUGAGACCGUCGAUGGCAAGCCAGAGCUGCAUCCUGUUCGCGCUACAAGCAACGUGGCAUUCUACUCGCCUUUCAGCAAGGUCGGCGACGAUACUGGUGGAUCGAAAGCUAUCCAUCGAGUUUCAGCUGUCAUUCUGUACUACUUCUUGGCUUCAGAACUUGUCAAUGAGCUUGUGAGGCACAAGAAUGAUUCCAGAUGGUUCGCCAAGAACUUCAGAGAGGCCUGUGACUGGAUCGGCAAUGACGGCGAUCGACCAUCACCAGUCUCAAGGCCUGGCACUGCUCGCCGAGAGAGCGAUAAGGACAACACAUUUGAGCUGCCUACCAAGAUCAAGCGCGAGAGAGAAGAGUACACACCAACGGGAACCCCUAAACCCAAGCGUAUCGACCAUUCGCGAAAGGUACUUGACAACGUCACCCGUUGAACGAAAACCCACUGACACAUUUAUCCAGACAUCACAAGUGUCAGAACGCGUGCCAUCACC